CAAAUAAUCAAAUACGGAAGAGAAAAGUGAACUGAGCGCUGUAUUUGGGGUUAUAAGAGAAACGCGUUAUCGACUUCUGAUUUAAUUGAACAAAUUAGGUCGUGCGGUAUUAGAGAUCUGGGAUCGGGAAAAUAUAUGUAAAGAUUUUUUUCCACGGUGCUGUUUGUAAAUUUUUUUGAUAGAAUGCGCUGCGAAAAAAAGUGUCGUCAGGCGUCGAAGGAAACAGCGACGCUAACGGAGACAUCACCAAUGAAUGCCGAGCAGGGCUUCUACAAAAAUACAGGCCGAGGCUGAUAACAUAUUGAUUUUUCAAAACGUUUGUUGAACCAAUCACAGACUUAGAACUAUUUUUAAAGGGUGAGGUUGUCUGGUUUUUCUGAGCUAGUGCAAAUAAGCUAAAUGUGAAGUGAGAGCCGCUUUAUAUAAUUUUGGCGAGCGAAAGCUCGCUGGAUCGGCUGAUGCAGGUGGCUACACUUUUCCGUGAGUCCACCACUUUGCUGGGGGAAACUAUGGAAUCGGGCGGAGGUGGGCCACCACCGGAUGCAUCGGGUCCUCCAGGCCAAUUGUCGUACGACAAUUAUAACCAUCCAGUGAAUUAUCCCCAUAAGUACAAGCUAAAUAUGAAACUGGAAACUAACGAUGAUGGCUAUGAAACCAGUGCGGAUAUGCUGAUGAACCCUGCUAACGUGAACCACAACCAUGAAGUGAAACCGAAAAAAAUGGAAGACCCUUAUAGUUUCAUCGACGACGAUCCCAUUCCAUUGCUUCCAUCAGUUCAAGGACCUACACACAUGAUGCAUCCGAUGCCACCACUGAACCCAAUAAUGCCUGGUCCCAAGAAAAGAGGCAGGAAAAAGAAAAUUAAACCUGAACCUGGCGAUUUCCCUCAAGAGAUGAACGUAGGAAUUCCUAGGCCUAUUAAAGAACGCAAAAAGCAUGAUAGAUUUAACGGCAUGCCCGAAGAAGAAGUCUCAAAGCGAACGUUACCAGAUCAUCUGACUGAAAACUUAGAUAUUAUAAUUAUUGGAAUCAAUCCAGGGCUAUUUGCUGCUUACAAGGGUCACCACUAUGCUGGACCAGGAAAUCACUUUUGGAAGUGUUUAUAUUUGUCUGGGCUCACCCCACAGCAAAUGUCUGCUGAUGAAGAUUAUAAAUUGCUUCAGGUCGGAAUAGGGUUUACAAAUAUGGUUCAACGUGCUACAAAGGGAAGUGCGGAUUUAACUCGUAAAGAAAUUAAGGAAGGUAGCCAAAUUCUGUUAGACAAAUUAAGAAAAUUUAGGCCUAAAAUUGCGGUGUUCAACGGCAAGCUGAUUUACGAAGUUUUCUCGGGGAAAAAAGACUUUAAGUUUGGAAGACAACCGGAUCUGGUAGAGGGCACUAGCAUCCAUAUGUGGGUAAUGCCCUCAUCUAGCGCAAGAUGUGCUCAGCUUCCCCGUGCAGCUGACAAGGUGCCAUUUUAUGCUGCUCUAAAGAAAUUCAGAGAUUAUUUAAACGGUUUAAUACCGGAAAUCGACGAAAACGAAAUGGUUUUUAGUGAACCUAAAGUAAAAUCAUGUUAUGAGGCGGAGCCAAAAGCUGAUCUGUACCCGGAACUUACAGAUAUUAGCAAUGCUGUGAUUAAAAAUGAAGAUGGUACAAUAAUACCAUGCAAAAAGAAACGUGGGCGGCCAAAGAAAAUUAAAGUGGAGGGCGAGGAGCCGCCACCGAAGCCAGUUGUGCGGAAACCGCCACAACCCACCAUUAAUAAUUGCGGUGAUUUUCCAAAGAAAAAGAGAGGUCGGCCUAAGAAAGUGAAAAUGGACAGCGGAGAUUUGACUCGAAUGGAGAAUAAUGGGCCUGCCAAUAUGUCGCAGUGCUUUUCAAAUCCAUCGCCAAUCCAGUCGCCUAAUAAUUUUUAUCAGAUGGGUCCCGCAAUGACACCACCAAGUAAUGCAGGAAAUAUGUAUAAUUCACAGCCUCCAGUCUAUAAUCAGUCUCCAAGACCGCCAUACAGCCAGUCACCUCGGCCGGCUUAUAGUCAGUCGCCCAGACCGGCAUAUAGUCAAAGUCCAAGGCCAGCCUACAGCCAAUCUCCAAGGCACCAGUACAAUCAAUCUCCGAGGCCGCAAUAUAGCAACUCACCACGGCCUCCAUAUGGCAGCCAGUCGCCCAGACCGCAUUCUCAGCCAUUCACACAUUCUGAUCUCAGUUCUGAAAUUAGCGCAGCGAUUAGCUCAGAACAGCUGGGCUCGCCAGGAUCUCCUAUCGGUCCUCCUGACUUUGAGCCUCCCACAACAAUGGCUGAAGAUGCCGAAUGUCGGUUAAGUCCUGCACCAUCUACAAACAGCGAAAAUCCUCAUCAUUACCACAUGAGUCCUGCCGCAUCAACCAAUGGCGAGCCGCCACACCAUUACCAUUAUCAGCCGUACAAUAUGGAUCCACCACCACAAGAAACCCCUCAAUAUACUACUCCACAACAGAAACCACAAGAUAUUGCUUCAAAGAGCCUGUCAGGACUUGAAUCUCUGGUGGAUCAAAUCCCAAGCAUUACCGAUGGGGAAGCGCCCAUAAAUGAAACUCCAGAUCAGUAUUCUAAUAGUUAUACUGUAUCCUCAGCGAGGGCUAGUCCUGUUUCUUACAAUUACCCUCCUACUUCCGGGUAUCCGUUAUACCCAACUCCCACAUGGAGUGGGCAUUAUGAACCAAUGCCUCUGAGUUAUCCCCAGAUACCAUACCCGCAAAGCUACACACCAGGGAUUCACGUACCAAAUCCCAAUUAUCCUUAUUACAGUUACCCCCAGCCUACUCCACCACAUCCUCCCGGCUACCCACCCUACCUCGGAGGGUUUUGAUCGGUUUCUGUCGCUGUGUUUUAAUGUUGUGUACCUGUAAGAUAUGUUCGGCUAGUACCUAGCAAGUCUGUCCGCUUCAGUACAUAGUAUGGGAAAUUUAAGUGACUGUUCUUGGAGAAUGAUUAUAUGGAAAGAAAAAUAAGUACUUGAUGCUUUUGAGGUGUUUGUUUGCGUGCGCUGCUGUAAUACUCUUAGUCUCUGCGUUCGAAUAGGCACUUUCUUCGAUUUGGCUGUCAAUUACACAUUUUGGGUCAUAUUGAUCCAUUUCGGUACCUACAUUCAAUCAGAUGUAUUUUUUAAAAGUGUUAUAAGGCUGAAUUUUGAUUCGUUUCAAUAUUACGUCUACUCGAGGUUGUUCACUUCGCUUUUGUGAAGAUUUGAUUAAGUGGACACUACUACCACCCACUUUGUGCUCUAUUUCUGGGCUAUUAUUUUUAUACGAAAGUAAUAUGUUUUCCUUCAUAAAAAAAUUGGAAAAUUUUCGAAUUUUGAUGAUUCAAAGUAGAGUUUGAUCGUUCGUUUGUUUUACCACGUAGCGCAUUAUAUAUCACACUAAACAGUGUAAGAUCUGAAUCUUGCGCUGUUACGGAAACUUACGUAACAACUAGUGGAUUGAACUAAAAAAAAAAUGUGCGUCUAAAUGUAUUAAGUAGUUUUUACCUGAGACUGAACAGUUGCAAACUGAUGAGAGAAACACAUAGAACUCGUCAUCGGGAUUAUCUGGAGCCAAUUUUUCUGCAUUUUCCAACAACCGGGUAUUGUUUUAAGCUAAUAAUCAUUUUCCAAGCGGAGGACUUUGUAAAUGAUCUACAUUUAAUGUGAAGUUUCCCAUAUUAAACGAUGGUCACUUGCAUUUUGAAACCAGAGACUUGCACAGGGUAAAUGGUGAUAUUUUUUUGUCAUAAGUAUUUUCUCUAAACUUUGAAUGUUAGUUAGGCCGAGGGUUUGUGCAUUAAUAUCUACAUUCGGAUCUCAAGUCGGUCGUGUGUCUGUCAUCUGAAUGGUAGCCCUGGACUUAAUAGGAGAUACGUAAUUUUUCUGUUUUUUUUAUGGAUUUCUGAGUUUUAGUUUCUUCGUUUUGGCUUUUGAUCGUAUGUGUGGUAGCAAAAUCUCAGAAAUCGAUUGAAUCUCUGUAUUGUAGUUUACUUAAUCGGUUAGGUAGGUAAUUAAUUAGUUUAUCUACAGCAAAACUGCCAUCGGCGAGUAAAGCAAUCUAGAGUAUAAUAUGUCCGUCAAUAUUUUUUGGAAAUUAAAGCUAUGAGAAAACGUGAAAGAUUAGCUUUUGAUGGACAUGUAUCUAUUUUCUCGAAGAUGUUACAGUAAAGUAAUUUCCUAUGUGGAAUGAAAUGUAUCCAGAAUUAUAUAUCAUUUUCAAAUGUCUAGUCGCUUGGAUCUAGUCUUUAGCCUUAAAGACGGGAGAAGUUAUUUAUUAGUUUAUAUGUAUAUUUUUGAGAAUAUUUUUUUUAUUUAGAUGUCUUUCAUUAUGAUUAGCAAUAUUUCGCAAAGCAGCUGUGGUAUAAUUGAUGUACAUUAAAUCGGUUUUUCGGAAUAUAUUAGAGCUAGGUACGCGAAUGUUAAUAGCAUUUAUUUUGUUUAAAAUUUAAGUAGAAGACUUCGUGAGCUUUACUCGCAAGUAGCUUUAAAGGGACUGAGAUAUUAACGUUAAUGGUCCCCACAUCGAAAAACUUUAGUCUUCACUAACCACCAAUUUUUGGUCUUCUGAACGUGCCAACAACGUGUAUACUAAUUAAAACAAGAAAUCAUCGUAGAGUUUUUCAAUUUUUUGGGAUGUAGUUUAAUUUUUUCUCGGGAUUGCAAAGCUUUUCAGAACUAAAGCUAAACGCAAGCAUUUCAUUUUCGUUCUUAUUUUAUUAACAUAACAACACUAUAGCAUUUUUUUCAUUGCAAUAUUAAGUAGGUACUGGUUUUGUUAUGCGGAGUAUUUAAGAAAGUUUGUCGCUCUAUAUUAAUCUUUGAUGGGGUCAAGUUUUUCAAAUUGCCAAGUCCAGGGCUGUGUGAUACCCUAUCAUUAUAGCCGUAGGUCUGAUUCAUGUCAUGAUCGAAAUAAACAUUUGACAUAGCUCUGUUCAUCUGUUGUCCUUUCCUAGCCUCCCACCUCUACGUGUGUCCUUACAUAUCUCUGUAUUAUGGCGUUUUUGCGUGUCUCAGAUUGAGAUACAAGAGAGACGGAAAUAGUGGACUGACCAAACAUGUACAAAGUGUUCAAGUAGUAAGAAUUUAAAAUUAACAGUUUCUUUGUAGUGUGUAAAAUGUUAUAGUAGUGUCUAACGGAUAAACAUACUUACUAGAUCUUAAAUUUUGGUGAAAAUAUAUUUAUGCGGUAUGAUCGUUAGAUAAUAAUACGCUUCUUGCUUUUAAUUUUCAAGUAAUAAUAUAGAUGUAAUUUAGAACAUCUUCAUUACCUUACUUGCAGGACACUUAAUUGUCUUCAGUUAUUUUGUUCUCUUGGCCCAAUUUUUUCGUCAGUAACCACUAUUCAAACUCGUUCAAAUGAUGCAAAGGGAGAGUUUUUUCAAUUUAUUAGCCCAAUUUCGUGAAUAAUAUAAAUGGAGAUUUUUUGUGUCUAUCUCGCGAUUAAGUGUCGACAGAAUUUGUGAAUGCUUUCAAUGUUCGACGGUUAUAUGUAUAUUAAACAUUUUUUCCAAAAAAAAGUCAUAGGUGUUUCAUAAGUGUAAAAAUUGUAAAAAUAAAACGUAAGAAUACUUGUAGUCUUCUUUUGGGGAAAAAAUAGAAAAAUUUUGAUACAGGGUUGUAGAGUUCAAAAUGUAGCUUAUUAAUGGUGUGUAUAUGUAAUGUAAAAAUAUGCACCGAAUAGGUCUUAUUCUGCGGUAAUCCAUCUUAUUUCCUGAACACUCUGUAUUUAACUACUAUUAGCUAGAUGUGAAUACUUACGAAAACGUGAACCAAGUUUUUAACGAAAUUUUAGAUUUUAGACUAGAUAGCGUGAACUAAACUUUUGGGUUUUUCGGGGUGACUGUAAUUAAAUUUGCAGAUUGUCUAGUACAGUAUUCAAAUUGCCUAUUACAUUAAUUAAAGCAAACUAAGUGACCUACAAAUUAUGGCAAACGAGUGUACGUAAAUAAAAUUAAGAUUUAUACAAUUUUUUUCUAAUAUUUUAAGGUAAGAUUUACUACACACUAUUUCCCUCUCUUUUUGUUAAAUUAUUAAAUACAAAGAGACGUUAUUUGAUUGUCAGAAUAAUUGUUAAAAUAGAAUUAUGUGAUCACUGAAUUCUAUCCCUACAAGAAAAAAACCAGUAAUUGUAUUUAAACUUUAUUUGUCUGAUGUUUGAUAACUGAUUGAUCAAAUUGUCAUAAAAAAUGAGGAAAUUUAUUCUGGCUAUUGAAAACUUUCUCACAAGUUGCAAGUGGUUUUUUGGUUUUUGUAGUCAUAGAACUGAUAUUUAUUUAAAACUGUUUUUACUUGUUCAUUGUGUUAUCUAAUGAUUGUUAUGUAUGAUGAUACUCCGUUUAGCCGUUUUUGAAAACCUCUCCCACUAUUCUUUUUGUACUUUAAACAGCAUUAACAAUUUAAGGACAAAAAAAUAAAUUUUGUUUAAAUCCCA